UUCCGCUUUAUAAAGUUGUCGGCUUUUCAAUGGAGAUCCUCAUUCCUAAAGUGCUGUCAAUAGUUUUGUAACAUUUCGACUAUUUUACUGCAAAAAUAAUUACAAAGGCGACCUGUAUAUCUCUCUAAUCAUCGAGAGGUAUUUAUAUUAUUUGGAUUUUUUCUAAUAUUAGUGAUAAAAUGCCCUCAGCGGCUAGUGUCAAGAUUGACAAGCAAAUUAACCCGGAAAAUGCAUUAGCAGAAUCUGCACAAAAUUUAACACCUCUUAGGCAAGCUAUUACUGUUAUCGAACACAAAAUUAGGAAUUUGGAAAAACGAAAGUCAAAAUUAGAAUCUUACAAGGACUUACAAAAUGCCGGAAAAGAACUGAAUGCCGAUCAAAAGACUGCUGUGGCUAAAUUCAAUGAAGUGACGAAUACAUUAGACUUUGCUAGAGAUUUAUGUAAACAGUUCCUAGGGAUUGCAGUAGCGUCCGAGAAGGAAGCGAAAAAGAUUGCGAAAAAAGAAGCUGCUGCGAAAUAUCAGGCGGAAUUGGCGAGGUUAAGGGAAAUUUUAUUGGUCCAAGAUGCGCUUAACCAGAUGGGUAACGAGACUGUUCGAGAGGACUUUUUGCAAGGGAGAAAUGGAGCUGCUCAAUUAACUGAAUCAGAUCUCAAACUACUAGACGACCUAUACCCUGAAGUGACACCAAAACAUGAAGCUGGUAAUGCUACCGCCUUCAUGAAUGAAGUACAAGCGGCUGCUGAGCAUCUGUUAGCAGCAGUUGAUGGCAAACCUAAAGAAGUAUUUGGAGGCUCCUAUAGCCAGAUUAAGGAAAUAUUAGGAAAGAUUCAUGAAAGUGGAUAUUUUGAUCAGGCGCAGGUAUAUGAGGAGUUCGCAGUUGUCGAACCCGAAUUAGUGGAAGAACCCGAGGUUCUCCCAUCUGAGCCAUUAAACAACCAUGAGACUGGAGCUGUGAUGGUGCCUCCGCCUCCACAACCCCUACCAGAACCCACACAGCCGACGACAACAGCGCCACCACCUGACAUGCCGUUGAUUGAAAGUUUGACAAUAGAAAAUCGUGCUACCUUACAUCAAGCGCCGCCAACGCCGGUGGAACAACCUCCGUUGGAGCCGCCCACCUUGACGAAUGAACCGCCUAUGUUUUAUCAACAACUACCUCAACAACCGCCUCCGCCACAACCGCAACCGCCUAGACCAAUAACCGAAAUGCUUGGAACUGGAAGCUUCUUUUUCUUACAGGACUCUGAAAUUGAUCCUCCGGAACAAAUUGCCAGCCAGACUUUCACGAACCAAAAUUUCACCGGCCAUCCAUCUCACCCUGUUCAGUUACCACCACCUCAUUUUGCGAAUAUGCCCAAUAAUUUGACACCAAACAAUCACCAACUUCCCCAAAUGCAGAUGGGCAACAACGGGAUAGACGAUACUUUGAGGUCACCUGAAGAAACGCUUCAGAUUGGCAAAGACGGAGGAGCACCACCAAACAGAGGUCCACCAAGGCCUAACAACAACCAGUCUUACUACCAAAACAACGGUUACAAUAGGCCACGACAGCAAAACCAGAAUAGGAACGCUAGUGGACCUAGGCCUACUGCUACUAGACAUGCAUAAUACUAAAGCAACAUUAUUCGGUUUAUCCCUACACAUGAUAUUAAGUUAUCAUCCUGUUAUGUAUUUUUUUUAUAUAAGUUAAAUCAUAGUACGAACGUUCCCGAAUUUAUAUUUACAGUGAAACGAAACAAGUCAUUAUCGUUUUGACACAGUUGCAUCUAUUCAGUGCAGCAAUAGUAAGCUAAAAUCUUUUGUUACUGUAACAUCGAUGUAAGCUGAUAAUUCUUUGCCUAAAGUCAAUUUAGGGGUUAUUCUUUUCUUUAUUUAUAAUAAACUUAAUUUUAUUACAUUAUAUAAUUAUGAAUAACUAUUUUUUAUUUUACGAAUAAAUGGCUGUUAAAUGAC